UUUUGCUGGCAGCAAAGAGUACUGGGAGAGUUGGUGCUUGGGCUCUAAUCCUGUGAUCGGCUUUCCAGGCAAAUGGAACUGUUGGUGUUUUAGCUUUGACUUUGGUUUGAGCUUCUACAGAAGGGGCCGGAUGCUCGUCCUGCAAUGAAGCAGAAAUUUCAAGCAGCUGGACAUUGGUUGUGGGGAAAUCCUAGAUUGUACUACCCCGGGGGUCGGCAACCCGCGGCUCCCGAGCCAUUUGUGGCUCUUUCACCUCUGUGCUGCGGCUCCCUGUGGCUUUGGGAAAUAAUUGGUUGACAGCUGGCUGACGUUAUUUUUGGUUUGCUGCUGGCGGCAAAUUUAAGUUUAGCGUUUUUCAUAAACACAAGAAGGACUCAAAUAGACUUCGACCUGUGGUGAGAGAUUUAUUUGAAGAAAAACCCCAACUGGAGGCAAACCACGACUGAUGACGUGGGAACAGCAACAAGUGAACCAGCCCGAGGACUGAGAGCACCAACUGGAGAGAACCCAUCUGACUCGGAGAUUCCAGUGAUUCAGUCAGGAGAAAGUUUGGUUAAAAACAAGAAGGAAUUUGUCUCCAGGAAGUUCAAACACGGCACACCAGUUUUGUUGUCUCUGUCUAGAUAUUUAAGGAGCAAGGGAUUCAAUCGACCAUCCUUCCUGCUCAACUGUGGGGAGGGAUUUAUUCGGUCAUUUGACCAACUGGCAACCCGUCAUUUUACACAGGAGAAAGGCUGUUCACCCGUUCAGACAGUGGGAAUGGAUUCAGUCGGUUAUCACAAUUGAAGGUACAUCAGUAAUUUCACACUGGGCAAGGCCAUUCACCUGUUCUGUGUGUGAGAAGGCGUUCAGUCGGUCUUCCCACCUGUGGACACACCAGUCAGUUCACACUGGGCAGAGGCUGGUCAUCUGCUGAACAUCUGGGAAAGGAUUCACUCUGUCAUCUGACCUAAUGGCUCACCAGCGUGUUCACAUUGGGGAGAAGCCAUUCACCUGCCCAGUCUGUGGGAAGGGAUUCACUCAGCCAUCCACCCUACAGAGUCACCAGCGAGUUCACACUGGAGAGAGGCCUUUCACCUGCGCAGAAUGUGGGAAGGGAUUCACUAAGUCAUCCACCUUACUGGUACAUCAGCGAGUUCACACUGGGGAGAAGCCAUUCAGCUGUUCAGUCUGUGGGAAGAGAUUCACUCAGUCAUCCCACCUACAGAGUCAUCAGCGAGUUUACACCGGGGAGGGGCCGUUCACCUGCUCAGAAUGUGGGAAGAGAUUCACUUAUUCAUCCACCCUACAGAGUCAUCAGCGAGUUCACACUGGGGAGAAGCCGUUCACCUGCUCAGAAUGUGGGAAGAGAUUCACUUAUUCAUCCACCCUACAGAGUCAUCAGCGAGUUCACACUGGGGAAAAGCCGUUCACCUGCUCAGUCUGUGGGAAGCGAUUCACUCAGUCAACCCACUUACAGAGACACCAGCGAGUUCACACUGGGGAGAAGCCGUUUACCUGCUCAGAAUGUGGGAAAAGAUUCACUGAUUCAUCCGCACUACAGAAGCAUCAGCGAUUUCACACUGGGGAGAAACCGUUCACCUGCUCAGAAUGUGGGAAGAGAUUCACUGAUUCAUCCACCCUACGGAAGCAUCAGCGAGUUCACACUGGGGAGAAGCCGUUUACCUGCUUAGAAUGUGGGAAGAGAUUCACUCAGUUAUUCAAUCUACAGAGACAUCAUCGAGUUCACACUGGGGAGAAGCCUUUCACAUGCUCAGUCUGUGGGAAGAGAUUCACUGAUCUAUCCACCCUACUGAGGCAUCAGCGAGUUCACACUGGAGAGAGGCCGUUCACCUGCUCAGAGUGUGGGAAGGGAUUCACUCGGUCAUCCCACCUACUGGCACACCAGCAAGUUCACAUUGGGGAGAAGCCGUUCACCUGCUCAGUCUGUGGGAAGGGAUUUACUCAGUCAUCCAAUCUACAGAGACAUCAUCGAGUUCAUACUGGGGAGAAGCCGUUCAUCUGCACAGUCUGUGGGAAGCGAUUCACUGAUCCAUCCACCCUACUGAGUCAUCAGCGAGUUCACACUGGGGAGAAGCCGUUCAUCUGCUCAGAAUGUGGGAAGAGAUUCACUGAUUCAUCCACCCUACGGAAUCAUCAGCGAGUUCACACUGGGGAGAAGCCAUUCACCUGCUCAGUCUGUGGGAAGGGAUUCACUCAGUCAUCCCACCUACAGAGACACCAGCGAGUUCACACUGGGGAGAAGCUGUUCACCUGCUCAGAAUGUGGGAAGAGAUUCACUGAUUCAUCCGCCCUACUUUGUCAUCAGCGAGUUCACACUGGGGAGAAGCCGUUCACCUGCUCAGAAUGUGGGAAGAGAUUCACUGAUACAUCCACCCUACGGAAGCAUCAGCGAAUUCACACUGGGGAGAAGCCGUUUAACUGUUCAGAAUGUGGGAAGAGAUUCACUCAGUUAUCCAAUCUACAGAGACAUCAUCGAGUUCACACUGGGGAGAAGCCGUUCACGUGCUCAGUCUGUGGGAAGAGAUUCACUGAUCUAUCCACCCUACUGAGUUAUCAGCGAGUUCACACUGGAGAGAGGCCGUUCACCUGCUCAGAGUGUGGGAAGGGAUUCACUCAGUCAUCCCAACUACUGGAACACGUCAAUUCAUAGUGGGGAGUGGCCGUUGUUAUGAAUCCCUAGGUUUCGUUUGCUGUGGACUGUCAUUUUAAGAGAGAGAAAUUAAGAAGUCUGACUUGCAGCUUGUUUACAUCGCUCGCAGCUUGUUUCGUUUUAACCGAGGACACAGACACUCAGAGUCAGACGGAGACGGAUGAAAAAUGAAAGGAUUGAAACCAGGGAAAUAGUGGCCAAAGGUCACUGUUUAGAACAUUCCUAUGCCCACAAGGGUGGGUUAAUUAUCCAUUCGCCGUACAUCGAAUGUGUGGUUGUCACCUCAUUUAACCCAUAGGAGUGGAUCUGAUUUGGGAUAUCCUGUUUAGACCACUUAUGUGUUAACCCUUGCCUGUGUGUGAUGUGGUCAUUCAUUUGAAGAUGAUA